CAUGGUAAUCGAUUAAAUGGUUCUGUAAGACAGCUGUGGACAGCUGUGAACUGCUUCAGGAUCUGAAUGUCAGUUUGUCGUGUUGUUGGCUGCUCCGUUAUUCGUUUUAAAACAUUUUUUUUUGCAAAAAAUGACUUCGAUGACACAAGGAGAUAAUGAAUUGAAGAGGCUGCUGAAUAAUCCGGCGAAAAACAUGAAUGAAGAUGGAUCCAUGGCUCCACCGCUUUCGACGAACGUGCCGAGGCCGAGCACUUCGCAAAGUGCUAAUCCUCAAUCAUUGAUGAAUCCAAUGAUUCCUGCUUCCACUAAAAAAGAAGUCAUGCAACCUUGUUUACAAAAUAUUGUAUCAACUGUUAAUUUGGGAACAGAACUGAAGCUGAUGCAUAUCAAUACUAGAACUAGAAAUUCUGAAUAUAAUCCUGCCAGGUUCACAGGAUUGAUUAUGCGAAUAAGAAGUCCUAGAGCAACAGCAUUAAUUUUUAGGUCUGGGAAAUUGGUCUGCACUGGUGCAAAGUGUGAGGAGGAUUCUUUUUUAGCUGCUAGAAAGUUUGCUAGGAUUAUUCAGAAAUUAGGUUUUCCAGUAAAAUUCAUUAAUUUUAAAAUACAGAACAUAGUUGCUACGUGUGAUUUGAAAUUUCCAGUCAAAUUGGAAAACUUAAAUCAUAUGCAUGGGCAGUUUUCCAGCUAUGAACCAGAAUUGUUUCCUGGUUUAAUAUAUAGAAUGGUUUUACCCAGGGUAGUCUUACUAAUAUUUGUUAAUGGAAAAAUAGUUUUAACAGGUGAGGCCGUUUUUAUAAAUAAUUUUGUAGAUGUUAUUUUGUCAUUAAUGUUUCAUUUCAGGAGCGAAAAAUCGAAACGACUUACAAGAUGCUAUAACAAAUAUACAUCCAAUAUUAAAGAGCUUUAGAAAACAAUGAUAGUUUUUCAAUUUUCCUUUAAUGUUAAAUAACAUUCACUUAGCCAUAUUUCUUGUUAAUUUUUGUAUAUUACAAUUUUUUAAUAAAUGCAUUAUUACUUAUGAAAA